CGCUUCUUCUUCUCCUCGCGUUUUAAAGCAAGCGGAUGUCUCUUUUCCUCUGUGAGGUUAAAGGACACAGAGCAGCAAGCCAAGAUGACAACAUUGAGACCGUUCACCUGCGAUGAUUUAUUCAAAUUCAACAAUAUCAAUCUGGACCCAUUGACAGAAACAUAUGGGAUCCCAUUUUACCUGCAGUACCUGGCUCACUGGCCGGAGUACUUCAUUGUUGCUGAGGCUCCUGGUGGUGAACUGAUGGGCUACAUCAUGGGGAAGGCGGAGGGAUCUGUGGCUCGGGAGGAGUGGCACGGUCACGUCACAGCUCUGUCCGUCGCCCCAGAGUUCAGACGACUCGGCCUCGCUGCCAAACUUAUGGAGAUGCUGGAAGAAAUCUCAGAGAGGAAGGGCGGAUUCUUCGUCGAUCUCUUCGUACGCGUCUCCAACCAGGUUGCGGUGAACAUGUACAAACGUCUCGGCUACAGCGUCUACAGGACGGUGAUCGAGUAUUACUCGGCCAGCAACGGAGAACCUGAUGAAGACGCUUACGAUAUGAGGAAAGCUUUGUCCAGAGACACAGAGAAGAAGUCAAUCAUACCGCUGCCACAUCCUGUCAGACCAGAAGACAUCGAAUAACAGUAGACGGUGGCUCUCUGCAUCCUCAUAGUCAUGUUACAUUGUACAUAAACUGACACCAUUUCUCAACACUUUUUUGUCGGAGAGCCACUGAUUGUACAAAUUUUACUUCCAUUAACAGUCGAAUUCAGUUUCAUUCCUGUACAUUAUCAAUCAACAUUUAAUUGAGAAAUAAGACAACAGACGAGUUUGACUUGAUGUUUGUAUAAUGGCACAAAACAUGGUCACACAAUAAAGACUGUUCGCUCAUGA